AUGUCUGCCGGACCAAAGCCUCUAUUAUCCGGCGGACUAAUCUGCUUAUUGGUCGCGACUUUCGGGGUCUCGCGUCAGUGGCAUGGCUUGUGUGCAGUGUGCACUGUUGAAAACGAGUGCACAGGCUCGUUUGUGACCUCACCCCAAUUGCCAUCAGAGCACUGGCUUCUCUCGCACGUCAGGAUGCUCAGGCGAGUCCUUUUGCCUCAGACGCCGAGGUUUCAAAACACCGUGCCCCAUGAACUUCUCCUCCCAUUAAUGUUCAUGGGGCACGGUCUUUUAUUGCUAGCCGUUUGCAUUCAUGGGGCACGGUACUCGAUUAGGAAUGCUCUUGGCAGCCGUCUGAUCUGUCAACGGAUCACGGCAGCUCUGUCCGCAGAGCUCAUCCUCCCCGUCUUCCCACCACCACCCACACUCUCAGGCCACAGGCCCCAACACAUCAUCAUCGGCUGCCUCCACGCACCAUCUUCCACGCCUACUUGCCCUGUGCUUCCUCUCGCUAGCGUGCACGGCUAUCGCGCACCUUCUCCUUGCACAUCGCGUACACCACGCACCGUCAGGACCUGCCGGGACACACCAUUGCCUGGGUACGGGGAAGUCCCCACUGUGCACACUGUCUCGUUGUUCGUGAACCCGCCCCAUUGCCUGCCGAGCGUGUCGCUCCUUGCUGCUGCAUCCCACCCUUUCGUGUCAGAGCCACGUCACACGUGUUUUCGAGGCUAUUACAAUGGCGCGGAAGCCUCGACUGACGACAAUAUCACCUGGAAGGGCCAAGAUCGCGCCGCUAGAGAAAGAGUCCGGCUGGACCUCGAAGAGGCUGUAUGGUGCGAUGAGCACCUCGACAGUCUGAUGACGAGCUGCCUUGAGGAUUUCCUGGACGACAAUGAGUCCGAGCUAGCAGAGUAUGCCGCUGGCAUUGCACGAGGCAGCAUCACUGAUCGGACGCGAGACGGGCAUGCCAGAAUAAUCAAGGCUUAUAUUGUGUUCCACAAGCAGCACAACACUGAAUGGGACCCGACUGCUGUCACGGGUCAAACACCUUAUGACAUCCGCACCUUCAUCACCCACAAGUGUGGCGAGAAAAAUAAGGGGUACGAGGGCAAAAGGGCAUCUGACACGAAGGUCACAGCCAGUUCUCAACUGCCGUUUCGACCCGCGCAGCACUCAGUUACUGGUACCGGCACUGUCGACCCAAUGAAAGUGUUACCGAGUGGCGCUGUGACGAAACCACUGGCGUGUGUCCAUGAGACCCAGUGAAAGUCGGACAUGGCCAUUUCCACGCGCAGCCACGCAAAUCUACUGUGGCUAUGGCACGUCGAAUCGCGUAGUCAUGCGUCGGUAUCUGCGCUUUCUGUAGCUGCAAAAACGACGCGCAUCGGCGCUGGUGUAUGCUUUUCGACGCAUUGACUACUAAAUAGAAUUCCGUAGAUUUAAAUAUAACUGCAUGUC